CGGGAACGAGAACGCGAGCGCGAGAACCCCUUUGCUCCCAUCACGCCCGACGUAGAUGAGGAUGAGAUGGAUUUUGGACUCGGUGGCAGCAAGCAUCACCCGAUUGAGGAUUAUAGACGAACAAGCCUGCCGACCUUACCUACCACAGCCCCAGCCACGCAGCCGCUGCCGCCGUACGCCAGCUACGUUUCUGGGGUUAAUCGUGCAAGAGGUCCGCAGCGCAGUGGUUCAAUGGAGCAGCGUCUGGCUGAUAGGUUGUCAGAGAACCGCCCAGGGCGCCGGUCGAGAGGGCCAUCGCCUCCUCCAGCGCCAGCCAUGCGGCCCCAUGUACUACAUCCGAGAGAUGCUACCCUUGGCGGGCACGCUCCAGACAUGGGAAUCGGUAUGGCUCUGGGCGCGAUGGGGAGGGGCGCUAUGCCACCCCCACCAGCAGCAGCCUAUGCCCACGUGCCGGCAAUGCCCUCGCCUGGACUGAUGAGGCCGAACCCCUUUGCAGGAGACACGUACUACGAUAACGCCUACACGACCACUCCAAGAUCAGUUCAUGAACCGUAUUACUACGGAAUGGACACUGCUGAAACUGAGCUUCCCUCUCCGCGGCGCAGAUCACGACGUAGUGUGGAAGAGCGCGAGAGACCUAAGUCAUCGACUUUGGCGGGAUUGACGGGAUACGGGCGAGGUGCGCAUCGGGUAUCCGAGUGGAGGAGUUUUGUUGAACCAGGAGUUCCUGACGGAGAAUGACUUGUAAUGUGAAUAGGCAACUCACUGCCAGGUGAAUGUUCCAAGUAUGUAAGACUGAAAUUGACUGGUUACUGAAUACUUGGGAAGCUAUCAAUGUUCAGACCAUUUCAUGUAUUUAAAUAUCUGUAUGAAGAGGUAUAUCAAUUUGAUGGAGGCAGUCUAU